AUGGCGGACACGCGUGAUGGUAAUUAUAUACACAAUGUGGAUGAUAUCUCAAGGCUUGAACACCAGCGCGAUGAACUCAACUGUCACAAGAAGCAUUCCAUGGUUGAAAAUGAAGAGUUGAAAGAGGAUACCGCACGAGUCACAGAUCAAAAGGCUGAAUGUGCUCUCUGUCUCAAACUUGAUAUCAGAAUACUUCCUGUCCUCGCGAUUAUGUACCUCUUCAAUGCCCUGGACAAAGGAAACAUUGGCAACGCUCAAACGGCGGGGUUAAGCAAGGACCUCAAUUUCAAACCUGGCCAAUAUAACCUGCUUUUGGGCAUUUUCUUCGUCCCGUAUGUCAUCUUCGCACCACCAAUCGCCAUGAUUGGCAAGCAUUUUGGCCCUGCGAGAAUGCUACCCAUCCUGAUGCUCAUAUUUGGUUCUUUAACUCUCCUUUCGGCGGCGACCCACGAUUUCGGAGGCAUAUUUGCCUUUCGGUGGUUUCUAGGAAUGGCCGAAGCGGCCUUUUUUCCUCUGGUCAUCUACUAUCUAACCACGUUUUAUCGUCGCGGUGAACUGGCUCGUCGCUUGGCCAUCUUCUAUGCCGCUUCCAACAUUGCUAAUGCUUUCUCAGGCCUGCUCUCUUUUGGCGUCUUUCAAGUCAAAAGCGGAAAGUUAAAAGAAUGGAGAUAUCUGUUCUUGAUUGAGGGUGCCUGCACCGUCAUUUUUGCCAUUUUUGCGUACUGGUAUCUUCCCCAAACUCCUGCUGAAGCUAGGUUCCUAGAUCCGAAGGAAAAAGCACUUGCUUUCCAUCGCAUUCAAGUUGACUCCAGCUCAAUCGUCAAUGAAAAGUUCAAUUUCCGCGAGUCUCUCAGGGUCUUCAAGCAGCCUACUUCAUAUAUCUUUUUGGCCAUUGAGGUUUGCAUUGGUGUUCCCAUCCAGUCCGUUGCUCUCUUCUUGCCUCAGAUUAUCCAGCGUCUCGAGCGUGACACCGUUACAACUAAUCUUUACACCGUGGCUCCAAAUUGCACUGGAGCUGUUAUGCUUUUAAUUCUUGCCUUCUCUUCUGAUGCCUGUCGUCUACGAUCCCCUUUUAUUGCCUUUGGCUUUCUUCUCAGUUUCACCGGUUUCAUGAUCUAUGCUGCCAUCGACGAUGUCAAGGCUCAAUUCGAGCUGGCCUACUAUGCCUGCUUUAUGAUGACCUGGGGAACUUCGGCAGCCUCAGUUCUCCUCAGCACUUGGUAUAACAACAACAUUGCUCAUGAAAAUCGGCGCAUGCUCCUGACAUCCGUGGGUGUUCCAAUCGCAAACCUCAUGGGCCUUGUCAGCAGCAACAUCUUCCGCGAGGAGGACAAACCCAAAUACAAGCCGGCGUUAAUCACCACCGGCACAUUCGGGGCUGCCGGUGCGUUGCUUGCGGGUAGCCUUGGUGUCUAUAUGGCCUGGGACAACCACCAACGGAACAAGAAGCAAGGAGUGAAAAUUGAUACUCGUGACAUACCCACGAAACAUUUACAAGAUGGGCCGGAUACCCCGGAGUUUAGAUGGUUUUUAUAAACUCCUCCCUCCCUUACCUCAGAAUACCUUCUCCUUUUUUGCCAUGGGCGACCAUGGAUUGGGUAUUAGAAGGCUGCGGCCAAAGUGUAUGUAGUGGCAUUCGAG